AUGAGCGACAACGUCGACGCUCGGCAGGCCAAGAAGCACAAGGCGACGCUCCUGCCGCCGGAAGUGCUUCAAGUCGUAGCCACGUACCUGCAAGAUGGCAAGACGAUGCAUGCCUUCGUCUUGGCGCUGCCACCCGCGUGGCGCACGGAGCCCAUGGCCGCGCUCGCCACGCUCUACGAGGCCGUCUGCAGCGGUCAGCUCACGAACACAAACAUGGCGAGUCUGUGGCACACGCUCGACUUGCGGUACCUCACGUUCAUGCCAAAGGAGCUCAUUCCAAUCUUCCAAGCCUACGCGCCGAUGCUACCAAGGCUCCAAGCCAACCUCAAGGUCCAUCGCCAUCUUCGCCUUCCGCGAGACACUCCAGUAACGCGGACGCGUAUCUGGUCGGCCAAAGAGCUCGCAAUAGCUCUCAACGACUGGGCGCAGCAGCUGCAGAGCCUCGGACUACAGCAAGACCCCAAGAAACUGCCGAUCCAGCUCGUCUGCGAGGUGCUGCCCAGAUUGCUCAAGCUCCGUCGCCUCGACGUCCGGUGGCAUCCUGACGCGCGUGCAGAAGAGACGAUGUCUCUCCUCAAUCGGCUAAUCGCUUCCAACGUCACGGAGCUGUCGCUGCACUACGACGUCAACUCCGCGGCGCAGUGGACCGCGAGAGAAGUCACUGCUUUGACACACUGGUUCCAAGCCAAGCCCGUCACCUCCAUUCGUCUUGUGGGUGUGCCAAUCAAGGUUGCGAAUGCAGAGACCCUCGCACGCGCGCUCCUACAAUCACAAACGCUCAAGUCCCUCAGCGUCGAUGGCGGACAAUUGCCGCGCACGCUCUUCAGCCUCAGGUUGUCGCUUCCGACCCAGCUCGAGUCGCUUCAUACGUAUGUGCGGCGGUCCGAGGACGUGCCUGGCCUCACAGAUACCAUCGCUGGCUCCAAUCUGCGCACGUUGACGGUGGGGACUCUGGUCCCUCUGGAAAAGGACGUGGUGUUGGCGACGAACUUCUUGGACGCGAUCAUUAGCCUUCCGCGGCUCCGGCAUCUCUCGAUCACUCACACAGCGAUGCCACUGCCGUCGGUCGUGCGACUGAGCGAGCGACUGCCAGCGCUCACGAGUUUGCAGCUUCAAAACACACGCCUUGACGACUUUGGCAUCGCCGUGCUCGCCCGCGCCCUUCCGAACUGCCGUCAUCUUGAAGCGUUGAAGCUCGACGAUCAAGAGUGCACGCACUGGGCUGCCGAGUAUUUGGCCUCGAAGAUCCCAGACUGUCCGUCGCUCAAGAACCUGGACAUGAACUUCAACCCGAUUGGCUCGCGCGGCCUUCGUGCAUUCUUGCCUGUCGUGCGCUACCUCGACACUCUCAGCCUCUCUGGUUGCGGCAUCGAUGACGACGGUGCGGACGCGCUUUGCCGUGUGAUCGACUCGACCGACCACCUCUACAAACUGAGCUUGCGGGCCAACCGAUUCUCGACAGACGCAAUGAAGCGCAUCAUUCGCGCAGUCUCGACGUCCUCCACUCGGUGGGGCACCGUCUACCUUUGCGACGUCAUAGAAGAUGAAGAGGAGCUGGACAGGUGCAGGCGGUGCGCCAAAAGGUACCUCCGCAACGAGUCGUGGUGUAUCGUGGAGUAGCCGUUCCCACUCGUGUACUACAUGAUUGAUACUGUCGAAU